AGUAGCUGGAAUCUAGAGUCUAAAAGAAGUCAUAUGCAGGGGCUAUUCCCAUGCAGACUCAAUUGCCGGGCUGGCAUGUCGAUCCUACAACGUACAGUUGCACUGGCAAUGCGGUGGCGAAAAUAUCAAGACUACGUGAAGACUCUGGCAAGCACGACGAGCACUCUUUAUUUCGUGUGGGACCCAAGGAAGGAUUGGCAAGGCAUCUGCUUGGUAAUACGGUUAAAGGAUGUGGCGAAUUUUGGGUUUGAAGACGACAGCGUGGUUUCAAUUUGGAGGUAUCGGUGA